AAUAGUCGCCUUUGCGGGCGGGCGGCCGGCGAGGACGGGCAGGGCACGCACUGUCCGGUGCCCACCCGCACCCCUCCCUCAGAGUGCUGACUCGGCUCCCCAGACCCUGGCAGGAUGGAAGAGAAGCUGAAGAAAACCAAGAUCAUCUUUGUGGUGGGCGGGCCUGGCUCGGGGAAGGGCACCCAGUGUGAGAAGAUUGUCCAGAAGUACGGCUACACCCACCUCUCCACCGGGGACCUCCUGCGGGCUGAGGUCAGCUCAGGCUCAGCCAGGGGAAAGAUGCUGUCGGAAAUCAUGGAGAAGGGGCAGCUGGUGCCACUGGACACAGUGUUGGACAUGCUCCGAGACGCCAUGGUGGCCAAGGUAGAUACUUCCAAAGGCUUCCUGAUCGACGGCUACCCCCGGGAGGUGCAGCAGGGGGAAGAGUUUGAGCGGAGGAUCGGACAUCCCACGCUGCUGCUGUACGUGGACGCAGGCCCUGAGACCAUGACCAAGCGGCUCCUGAAGCGUGGCGAGACCAGCGGACGUGUGGACGACAAUGAAGAGACCAUCAAGAAGCGCCUAGAGACCUACUACAAGGCCACAGAGCCCGUAAUCGCCUUCUACGAGAAACGUGGCAUCAUCCGCAAGGUCAAUGCCGAAGGCUCCGUGGCCAGUGUCUUCUCCCAGGUCUGCACCCACCUGGACGCCCUCAAGUAGCAAAGCUGGAGCCCCUUCCCCAGCUCAGAGCCCGGCCCCACCCGCAUCCUGACUCAAGGCCUUCCCAGCCUGAGCUCAGCGCUUCCACUUUAUCCUGUUUUCAUGGACAGCCGAGCACUAAAGGAAUUUCCAAGGACA